CGCACACGAGAACCAUGCAGGACUACGUGGUGAUCUCGCUCGUCGUUCUCGUCGGUUUCGCCGUCGGGCAGGAAGAUUCUGCGCCACUGCCCAGCUGCAGCAACCCUGAGGAGACAAAGUCUUUCAUGGACCCGAGCGGCUGUGACAAGUACAUGCUCUGCUCGAACGGCACCCUGUCGUUCGAGACCUGCGAGAACGGUCUGCUCUACUCGGGCAAGGGGGCCGUCCACGAGUUCUGCGACUACCACUGGAGGGUCGACUGCGGCGAGCGGCCGUUCGAACUGAGCGAAUCCCGCGAGGGGGCGUGCCCCUAUAGCUUCGGCGUGUUCCCGUCGGGCGAGGGGUGCGCCGACUACUUCCUCAAGUGCGCGUUCGGCGAGGUGGAGCCGGAGAUAUGCGACGAGGGCCUGGCGUACGACGACCGAAGCCACGCCUGCAACUGGCCCGACCUGCUGCCAGAGUGCUCCAUCGGAGAUGCCGAGCGUGAGUGA